AUGAAGGUUGAGAAUGUUGAUGCCGCUGGUGGGGACACUGAUGAAGUGGUACAAAAGGACGACGAGGCAGACGCUCUUAACAGUGGUGAUUCGAAGACGGGCGCAGCGAUGGAGACCAAAGAUCACAACGAUGUAAACGACCACGCAAAGACCAACAGAUCACCA